AUGUCGAGCUCAGACGACGAUGAAUCGCGUUCAUAUAUAAGUAAAUAUACGAAUCCCGACUUGUUCCAAACGUUUGCUAAUUUCUUAAAAAAUGAAGAACAAGAAGAGGUCGAAUCCUCAAGGGUGCCAAAAAUACCACGAAGAACCAUACGCAGAAAUCACGUCGAAGCUGCACAUCGUUUGUUUUCUCAUUACUUUGCUCCACAACCGGUCUUCCCAACUGAUUAUUUUCGAAGGCGUUUUCGAAUGCCCAAGGAUAUGUUUAUCCGCAUAUGUAGAGAUAUUUACAACUUUAAUGGCGUGCAACCAUUACCGGAUCACUUUCAAUAUUUCCAACUUACUCCAUCCGAUUGCGUUGGUCGACCAGGGUUCAACAUCUUCCAAAAAUGUACUUCCGCCAUACGACAAUUGGCGUACGGUUGUCAUGGCGACCAACUAGAUGAGUACUUGGAAAUGGCAGAAUCAAUUUCAUAUUUGUGUUUAACAAACUUUUGCAAGUGCAUUAUUCAAUUGUAUAAUGAACAGUACUUGAGAAGACCGACUCAACAAGAUGUGGAGCGCAUAAUUGCUAGGCAUUUGGAGGUACAUGGUUUCCCGGGCAUGCUUGGAAGCAUAGAUUGUAUGCAUUGGGGUUGGAGGAACUAUCCAGUGGCAUGGCAAGGACAUUACACACGGGGAGAUAAAGGACACCCGACGUUUAUGCUCGAAGUUGCUGCUUCGUAUGAUUUGUGGUUGUGGCAUGCGUACUUUGGUCUUGCAGGUUCAAACAAUGAUAUCAACGUCCUAAACGAGUCAGAUUUGUUCGAUCAGUUGCUGGAGAACAAGGCUCCUCAGCUCGAUUUUACUGUGAAUGGUGAACAAUUUACAAAAGUCUUUUAA